CGAGGACUGUAUGUCACUCAUUAGUAGUCAUUAGUGUCAUGCAUGUCAUAGUCAGGCAUCCAUCAGCCAUACAAUUAUCAAAAUGAGCGAAUUGAAAUUUUAAGUUCCUAUUUUUAAUAAUUUAUUCAAACAUAUUUAUAUAAAAAGGUCCAAAACUUAUUCAUUUGAUAAAUUAAAACGUGAAAAAAAUGUGGAUAUUUGGCUAUGGAUCAUUGGUGUGGAAAGUAGACUUCAAAUACGAUUGCAAAAUCGUAGGUUAUAUAAAAGGUUACUUGAGAAGAUUUUAUCAACAUAGUAUUGACCACCGAGGAGUACCAGAAAAACCGGGCAGAGUCGUAACGCUGGUCCAAAGUGAUGACCCAAACAGCACAGUGUGGGGCAUAGCUUACAAGAUAAGAACAGAAGAUGUGGCUCAAGUCACCAAGCACCUGGACUACCGAGAGAAGAACGGAUACAUGAGGAAGACCAUCACAUUCUAUCCGGCAGACACGAAUCAUGAACCAUUCCAGUUGACUCUGUAUGUGGCGACGGAGGAAAAUGAAUCUUAUGCUGGUGAAGCAUCAAUAGAAGAGAUCGCGCAACAGGUGGUAUCCUGCCAUGGUCCCAGUGGGCCUAACAAGGAGUAUGUAUACAAUUUAGCAGCAACCAUGAGGAAACUAGUACCAGACGUCAAAGAUGAUCAUCUCUUUGAGCUAGAGGCUGCCGUGAGGAGACUAGAUCCGGAUUUAAAAAAGACUUGAGUGUGAUAUUCUUUUGUUUUAAUGUAGACCAAUCGCUGGGCGUAGCUUUGGUGCUUCUAUUCGAAUUUUGAAUAAGUCUUUUUAUCAUUAAAUAAUGGCUUUUAGUCUUUAUGAUGUGAAAGUCAAUAAUAUUUCACUUAAUAUACUUCAAUCUCUGCCGUGCCUACCACAUGCGCAAGUUAUUACUAAACUGUGGGGAAAUUUUGACGUGUGGUAGGCGCCUUAAACUUUUUAACUAACAUCUGCGUCAUAAAGCGUCUAAAAAAUAAAGUAAAAUCUUUGCAUUCAAAAAAGCUUCGAACAUUUAAUAAAAUAAUUCUAAUGGCCUUUUGAUUACCUUUAGGUAAAUUCGUAAAGUAUCUCGCUACGCUCAUUUCAGUAUAUUUAAGGUAAGUUGCACUAUUUAAUUAUAACGAUAGCUGAACUAUUUCCAAUUUUCGAAUCGCAGAUUUGACUAAUAGUCGGUAAUUUCAAGGCUGGGUAUGGUUUGGUUAUCGGCAUAGUUAAAUGGUACAACUUACCCUUUAAUCAAUAGAUAAAUAAGUAGACAAAUUGUGAUUAUAAAGUUGUAGUUAUUUUUGUAAAAAUAUGCAAUUUUAUAAAGCCUCGCUAUUUUGUGGCUGAUGCAAGUAUUCAGUUAGAUAAAUUAAAAAAACUGUACAACUAAGAAAUUAGCUUGUUAGACUUAGCUUUUCCAAUACAUUCUUAUUCAGUAUAAUUCUUAUAUAAACAUAUUAAAUGAGAAAAUAAAAACUUGCUUAUUUUGUGUAGGAAUCUUGUUAGUCACUUUAACAUUUUAUCCACGUUUAUUUUUCUUACUCUUGCAUUAAUCAUGAUGUGAACACAGUGCUUCGGCAGCUAAAGUAGUUAGUCAAAUUAUUAUAAAUUGUAUAAUUUAUUUAUUUUAAUGAAAUAUUUUAAAUUGUUUAUACUUAUGAAGAGUAUUUAUAAUAUUUUGUUACAUAUGUAUAUAAAAAAAGCAAAGAAGUAUCAUAUCAACAUUUCUGCAACGUAAAACGUUAUUUUGAGUACUUAUUUAAGUUUGUACUUUAUCAUAACAAGGUAAAUUUGCAAUUUCUUGUAAGCAGGAACAUACAUAUUUCUUAACUAAAAUGUUGCUCCAUAAUUUUUUAAAUGAUAUUCGUGAUCUGACUAAUGACUAUUUUUGUGAUGAACCUACCUUUUUCUCCUGGCUUGGCCCAAAGAUUGACAAACCCACUCACCGCAAAUAACAUCCCCUGAUAUCAUCAGCGAGCAUUUUAUCUACCGUAUUCAGUUAGAUAAAUUAAAAAAACUGUACAACUAAGAAAUUAGCUUGUUAGACUUAGCUUUUCCAAUACAUUCUUAUUCAGUAUAAUUCUUAUAUAAACAUAUUAAAUGAGAAAAUAAAAACUUGCUUAUUUUGUGUAGGAAUCUUGUUAGUCACUUUAACAUUUUAUCCACGUUUAUUUUUCUUACUCUUGCAUUAAUCAUGAUGUGAACACAGUGCUUCGGCAGCUAAAGUAGUUAGUCAAAUUAUUAUAAAUUGUAUAAUUUAUUUAUUUUAAUGAAAUAUUUUAAAUUGUUUAUACUUAUGAAGAGUAUUUAUAAUAUUUUGUUACAUAUGUAUAUAAAAAAAGCAAAGAAGUAUCAUAUCAACAUUUCUGCAACGUAAAACGUUAUUUUGAGUACUUAUUUAAGUUUGUACUUUAUCAUAACAAGGUAAAUUUGCAAUUUCUUGUAAGCAGGAACAUACAUAUUUCUUAACUAAAAUGUUGCUCCAUAAUUUUUUAAAUGAUAUUCGUGAUCUGACUAAUGACUAUUUUUGUGAUGAACCUACCUUUUUCUCCUGGCUUGGCCCAAAGAUUGACAAACCCACUCACCGCAAAUAACAUCCCCUGAUAUCAUCAGCGAGCAUUUUAUCUACCAGUGUUUAUGGUUUAGGUUCCGUAACAUAAAACCACAUAAUAAUAUUGUGUUAAAGUGAUAAUUGUGACCAUUUAUAUAGACUAUAGACCUUGAUUCACAAGCCAAAGACAAAUUGAAGGGUUCAAUUUGAGUAAAUUUUAACUGUUUUUUUUUUUACCGAAAAAAUGGUCCAUAUUCAUACAAAACUAACUUUGAAAAAAGAUACAGGUAAACUAUUCUAGAAUUGAACCCUUUUAGGGUAGCAAAUGAAGGUGGAUAACGAUAACAAGAGAAAAUUUUACAAAUGACAUUUAAAAAUAAUCCUUUUCUAGGACAUAAUAGAAGACCUUUUGAAUCUAUCUAGAGUUUUCCACGCAAAUCUGCAUGACUCUUUCCCAACAAGGUCAGACAUUACCGCUUAUUUCUUACAUAAUUAUCUCGAUAAACUGUCUGGACUAUAAAUAAAGCCUUGAACUUUGUUUAGUUGUCUUUGAGGUAACCGGAUAGAAAACGACCAGCUUAUCUGUAUUUUUAAAUAAUAAUAUGCAUACAUAUUGACGUGCAAAAGUAUGAAAAGAUAUUCAAUGUUCCAUUUAUCAGUAACAUAUAUACUUAGAAAUAUUUCAAGUGCAGUACUUACGUGUCAGAUUGUCAGGUUGUAUUCUUCAGAUAAAGACAUAAGGUGCGCCCCGACAGAACUAUUUUCCCGCAGCAGGAUAGAGAGUUUACUAUGUCCAGGACAUAGUAAACUCUGAGCCUGAGAAAGGACAUAAUGUCCUUUCUCAAGCUCUAAAUUAAAUGUACACAAAAUUAAAUUUCGCGACAGAGUUAAUCUCGCAUUUAUAAUAUUGCUAAGGAUUUUUUGAGGUAUUACUUGGAUUGGAUUAUUUUACCAUUUGUCCAGAUAUUGUUAUAUUUAUUUUUUAAAAAUGCUUUUAUACCAACCAAAUUAAUUAUUAAUAUGUGAAAAUAUGCGCAGUUUCAGUGUCAUGUACCUAAAUGGACUUGUUUCCUUAUUCACCCGGUAAAAUGUAACCAGAAAAACAAGUACCUACUUAAAUAUGUAUAAAGUCCCUACUGAAAUAUAUUUUUAUUAAGAUAAAAAUUACCUAUACCUACCCAGUACCUACUUAAUUAAUCCAUAUAAUAUUUUACAUAUUUAUAUGUAUAAAAAUACGUCUUGUUGUCUGUCUGUUCACUAUAAACUUGCAGGCAUUUCAACAAAAAGGUGUCAUUGAAUUUGUCUCAGUCACGCAAAUAAAAAUACAAUGAAACGUAACAAUGCUAAAUGUCGAGCGAAAAUGUAUGUUUUUGUGCAUAAACUACAUUCUAGACACGAUUCUGUAAUAUACCAUUGCGUACAUUACGAAAUUCAGUGAACUCAUAAAAAAAACAUAUUUGGAAUGUCAUAUCUACGCAAUGCUAUUAAAAUCUCGUUUCUAUUACAUUUUAAUUAAGGUACGCUUUUGAAAUAACCUUAGCAAUUUAUUUGUACUUUAUAAUAAGACACUGUGAUACUUAUAAUAAUGCAAUAAUCAUAUUUUUCUGAAAUAUAAUUUCAUUGACGAA